CUCCUGUCAAUAUUGUCAUUGUCAUUACGAACCAUGUCAAUUCGACCAGUUGCACCUGGAAACGCAAAACAGCAAUGCUGCUCUCAUCUCUGAGCCUCUGUUUAUGCUUAUGGACGGUGUUUGCAAGCGCUCUUCCGGCGCAACUUCGAGCAAAUAACAAAGAAAUCUCCCAGCAAACCUUCGAACAGUUGGAGGAACUCGCCCGCAUCGUCGAUAUAUCAUACUGCGUCGGCACAAGUGGGAUCCAAAAGCCUUUCAAAUGUCUUAGUCGAUGCAGCGACUUUGAAGGCUUUGAACUCGUUACCACUUGGAACACCGGACCACUCCUCUCCGAUUCUUGCGGCUACAUCGCUGUCUCGCAUCCUCCUCACCAGCCACGAGUCAUCGUUGCCUUCCGCGGGACAUAUUCGAUUGCAAAUACCAUCGCCGACCUAUCCACGAACCCGGCCGAAUAUGCGCCUUUCCCUUCAGACAGCGACAAUGAUUCAGUCUGUACAUCUGUUGAACCACAUAACGCUAAGCUUCCUCUACUACCGCAGCUGCUGAAGCAGUCUGAUAAGAGAGAUUUGCCAGAAGUAGAAUGCCCGAACUGUACUGUUCACGCCGGUUUCAUGACAUCUUGGAGAAACACUCGCUGCACAAUUGUUCCUCACGUCGAAAAGGCGCUGAAAGAGAACCCGGAUUACGAAUUAGUCCUGGUUGGUCACUCGCUAGGAGGUGCAGUUGCUGCUUUGGCUGCUCUCGAAUUUCAAGCGCGCGGAUGGACACCUCAUGUCACCACCUUUGGCGAACCUCGGAUAGGGAACAUGGCUCUCAACCAGUUCAUCGAUAAGCGUUUCCAGCUGAACACGACUCAUCCAGAAGAGUCAUUGUACCGCCGAGUGACGCAUGUCAACGACCCGGUCCCUCUCCUACCGCUGGAAGAGUGGGGCUACCGUAUGCACGCUGGUGAAAUAUAUAUCUCAAAACCUUCACUACCUCCUGCACGUGCUGAUAUGCACCACUGCAACGGCGACGAGGACAAAUCCUGCAUUGCCGAUGGAGUAUCUACUCCGGAUGAGAAUGAGACCGACGUGGACGACGAACUCGAAGUGUCGGGGGUCAAAGCCCUGUGGGGCAUUGGCCAACGGUACAAGCUAUGGGAACUAUUCUUCGCACAUCGAGACUAUUUCUGGAGAUUGGGUCUUUGUGUUCCUGGAGGAGAUCCCUGGGACUGGUCCCGGGGCAAGUAUAAUGUGAGUGAUGUGAAUGAUGAGCUAUGAAACUGGCGACAAUGAAGCACAUCGACUGUAUGAUUUCUUUGGAAAAGCAUGGAGUUGGGGAUGGCUUUUGAUAUUGGGUUCCUGGCUCGUACAUACUAUAAUAAUGAACGCUUUGGCUUUGUCAACA